AGACAUGCCAGCGUUGGAGAAGAUUACCAAUAACACCACCCUAGCUCUCCACUAUGCUGCAGCUAGGGGGUGUUUGGAUUGCGUACGACUCUUGGUCGACUCUACACCAGACUUAAGUGCCAACACGCAGAUGGACAAUGACGUCACACCUGUGUACCUGGCUGCACAAGAGGGACACCUAGAAGUGCUGAAGUUUUUAGUGUUGGAAGCAGGUGGUUCCCUGUACGUCCGAGCAAAGGAUGGCAUGGCCCCAAUCCACGCCGCUAGUCAAAUGGGUUGUCUGAAUUGUGUUAAGUGGAUGAUUCAAGAUCAAGGAGUUGAUCCGAAUUUGAGAGAUGGAGACGGAGCAACUCCAUUGCAUUUUGCAGCAUCCAGGGGCCAUCUUGACACUGUCCGAUGGUUACUCAAACACGGAGCUCGUCUAUCAUUGGACAAAUUUGGAAAAAGUCCAAUAAACGAUGCAGCGGAAAACCAACAAGUCGAGUGUCUCAACGUCCUGGUUCAGCAUGGCACAACUCCAGACUACCAAGACUCCGAACGAACGAACACCAGUAGGAGCUGUUCCUGCACGAGAAAAGGAGAAAUGCUGAAAAGGGGUAAUAGUGUGGCAAGCGACUGCUCUAACUGUAAACCAAAGCAAAUUAGUAACACCGGCAGCAAUCACAACCUGGAACCUUUCUAUCUGCAUCCACCACUGAGUGACAGAUCCCUUGAAGCAGCCCACGCCCCAGAAAAUGGACUCUACGUUAACCCCAUGAAUUCCCACAGGCAUAGUGCUUCUAGCAGCUCCGGAAGCAGUUCAAGUGGUGGAAGUGUCAAUGGAGAAUCCUUUUAUUUACACAACCCUCAGGAGGUCAUUUAUAACAGAGUAAAAGACUUGUUCGAGUCAACCAAUCAAAGACAGUCACUCUCGGCCCUGACUGUAAAAGUAGAAGUGCACUCCAGCAGCAGUGGAGCAGGGUCAGAUGAGAACCUGUCAUCCUCCGACCUAUCCGAGCGAUCUGGCGACCAUGAAAAUGACUACGAAGACAUUUACCUAGUGCGAGAAGAAUCCAAGAAGAAGAAUUUCGAUCGGACAAACAGCCGUUCUCAUUCCAGAGAUUCCGGGUCUCACAGCCGCUCCGGCUCCGUCAGUUCUUCCAACUCCGGCUGUAAUGUGGUGGUCAAGCUCACUUCAAGCACCAACGGUUCAAAUAACAAUGGAAGUAACAAUGUCAGUAACAGUAAUAACGCGAACCAAACGAAUCAAGCUGUCAUUGCUAAUAAUAGUAAUACUCAAGAGAAGACUACCACGUAUAAAACGAACGAAUUCCUACCAAAACCGCAAAAGUAUGAGAAAGUUGAGAAGAAAGUUAAGAAGGAAGGCCAGAGUGUAAGUAUUGAAAAUUAA